ACAGCCACGGUCCUCCGAGGGAGCAGCCGAGAGCUGAGGCCCGCAGGGCCCGGGGAAGGAGAUUCUAGCCGCCGCCACUCGGUGGUGGGGCCUACGGCACCCUGGUCUCUGGGCGCCGCCAUGUUGGAGGCUCAGGGUCCCAGCGGUAGCUCCGACUGCCGGAGUCCGCGCGCGAGCGAGGUCAGCUACGCCGGGCAGAUGCUGGAAGUGUUGCCGCAGGUGUACUUGGGUGGGGCCGCGGCCGUCUCAGAGCCGGACCACCUGAGGGCGGCGGGCAUCUCAGCGGUGCUGACAGUGGACUCGGAGGAGCCCAGCUUCCAGGUGGGGACAGAGGUCGAGGGGCUACGGAGGCUGUUUGUGCCAGCGUUAGACAGACCCGACACCGACCUGCUGAGCCAUCUGGACCGGUGCGUGGCCUUCAUCAGUAAGGCCCGCGACGAGGGGCGUGCGGUGUUAGUGCACUGUCAUGCAGGAGUCAGUCGGAGUGUUGCUGUAGUGACUGCAUUUGUGAUGAAGACCAAUCUAGUUACCUUUGAAGAGGCCUAUGGACAUCUCCAGUCUGUCAAACCAGAUGCUAAGAUGAAUGAAGGGUUUGAGCGGCAACUGAAAUUAUACCAGGCAAUGGGUUAUGAAGUGGAUACCUCUAGUGCAAUUUAUAAGCAAUACCGUUUACAAGUGGUUACAGAGAAGUAUCCAGAGCUGCAAAAUAUACCUCAAGAACUCUUUGCUGUUGACCCAGCCACCACUUUGGAAGGAUCAAAUGAUAAGGUUCUCUACAAAUGUAGGAAGUGCAGGAGAUCCUUAUUUCGAAGUUCUAGUAUUUUGGAUCAUAAUGAAGGAAGUGGGCCUGAAGCCUUUGUCCACAAGAGAAUGACGCUACCUUUCAUGGUUAGCAUAGGGCCUCGGUGUACAUCUUAUUUCAUUGAACCUGUUCAGUGGAUGGAAUUCUCUUUGUUGGGAGUGAUGGAUGGACAGCUUCUUUGCCCAAAAUGCAGGGCCAAGUUGGGUUCCUUUAACUGGUGUGGUGAACAGUGCUCCUGUGGGAGAUGGAUAACACCUGCUUUUCAAAUACAUAAGAACAGAGUGGAUGAAAUUAAAGCACUGCCAGUUUUGGGGUCACAGACAAGAACAAUAUGAACUUGUAAUAUUUAGUAUCAUGGGAAGAAACUUGCUGAUGAUAUUUGCUACCCUUGUUAGUUCAUCAACGCUUCAUUUGAGAAGUGAGAAGAUAAAAACACUUGGAAAUGGAAAUUAUGCUUGCUUAGCUUAAUUGCAUGCAUGGUAUAAGUAAGGAAACAGAGCUUUUUAAUCAUGUA